AUGCCUUCUUUAAGUACAACACUUUUGGCUUUAGCCGCCUCAGCACCGGCAGUCCUAGGCCACGGCCACGUUCGAAGAGUAAUUGUUGACGGUGUCACUUACCCGGGUUAUGAGCGUUGGUCAAACCAAGACCAAAGUCAAGCUGUCACAUGGCAAUUCACGACGGAAGACGAGGGACCAGUUCCGGUAACAUCACUCGGCGGCCCCGAUAUCAUCUGCCAUCUUGGAGCGACAAACGCCCAAGCCUCGAUCCCAAUCGCUGCCGGUUCCCAGUUGCAGGUCGUGCGUUUUAACACGAUAGGCGGCUUCGAGCACCCCGGCCCCGAGAUGCACUAUCUCGCUCCGUGUGGUGAUGCUGGUUGCGCCAACGUCGACAAGAACAACCUUCGAUUCUUCAAGUUCUUCGAGAACGGUCUCAUUCAGGGCGGCAUGGCAGAUAGCCCUCAGUGGGAAACCCAGAAGUGGGCUACUACUGAGGUCCACAAGAACGUCCAGCCGGAGGGAGAAGGGUUUGUUGACACAUUCACGGUCACCAUUCCUGCGAACAUCAGACCUGGCCCUUACGUCCUUCGACAUGAGGUUCUAGGAUUGCACAAGGCCCAUGAAGGUCAAGCCGAGUUCUACCCUCAGUGCAUCAACCUCGAGAUUUCGGGCUCUGGUGACCAGCAGCCGGAGGGCGUGCCAGCUACCGAAAUGUAUCACAGCAGCGACCCCGGUGUUGCUCUGAAUAUCUGGGUCGAUCUUCAGUCAUACCAAAUCCCCGGACCGGCAGUUUCCAACCUCUCCUUUAAGAGGGAUACUAAGGCGCGAGCUACCAAGCGUCACCCCCGAGAUCUUAAGCAUUAA